AUGUUAGGCCAUGAGAUAUUGUUAAGACAUAAAAAAACAAUUCUUUUGCUGCUACUUCUUGCUGCAAUUUGCAAUGUUGUCAUCUAUCUUUACAUCAUGGAGAGAAAAGCACAGACAACAACAAUAACAACAGCAGUAGCUACAACAAUACCGAGAGAGCAAGAGAGUGAGAUCAGUCAGCUGGCAGACAACUUAAUACUGUCCGGUUUGGGCGCAAUGGGACGACCGGCGAGAGGCAGCUGGACCAAAGCUCAGUUGUUGGCCAUGGAGAGCAGCGAGAGGGAAACUGGCUAUAAUGCUUGGCUCUCAGAGCGAAUAUCACCAGAACGAUCACUUCACGAUAUGCGGCAUCGCAGUUGCAAAAAGCUCAAGUACCCAAUGGAAAAGCUUGCCUCGAUCAGCGUGAUUAUCACACAGUACAAUGAACAGCCGAGUUUGCUGCUAAGAACAUUGAGCAGUCUAAUAAAUAGAACUCCAUCGAAAUUGUUAAGAGAGAUCAUUUUGGUGGAUGAUGGUAGCGAUCAGGAGUAUGGCAACUUAACGCAUAUAUUGCAGGACAAUUUCAAGGAUCUGUUGAUUCAAUUACGUAAUCCCAAACAGCUGGGAUUGAUGCAGGCGCGUCUGACAGGCGCUCGCAAAUCUCAGGGAGAUGUAUUGGUUUUUCUGGAUGCCCAUGUGGAAGUUACCCGAGGCUGGCUUCCUCCUUUGCUCGCCCCACUGUUGCAGAACAACAAAACCUGCACCACACCCGUGGUGGAUACUAUAGACUAUGAGAACUUUGCCUAUAGACGUGGAAAACCGUCGCGUGGUUUCUUCGACUGGAAUUUUAACUAUGUGCAGCUACCACUGCUGAAAGAGGAGUUGAGGGCGUUGCCUGCACCACACGAUAAUCCCAUCAUGAAUGGAGGUCUCUUUGCCAUCGAUCGCAGGUGGUUCUUUGAACUAGGUGGCUACGAUGAGGGACUGCGCAUUUGGGGAGCUGAACAGUUCGAGCUUAGUCUCAAGAUUUGGCUGUGCGGUGGUCGAAUUCUCGAAGUGCCCUGCUCCAGAGUGGGACAUCUUUACAGAAACAGCAGCUUCCAUGCGCAAUACAAAAAGUCCGACAGCGGCAUAAAAGCUGUGUCAAGAAAUUGCAGACGUGUAGCCGAGGUCUGGCUGGACGAGUACAAGGACAAGUUGUAUGCCAAUAUGCCUCACCUGACCCACGUCAAGGUGGGUUCACUGACCAAGCAGAAAGCUCUUCGUACACGUCUCCACUGCAAGCCCUUUAAAUGGUUCCUGGAUCAUCUGGCCAGUGAUUUCCUGGAAGCGUAUCCCCUAGAGGAACCUGUGGACUAUGCCUUUGGUGCUGUUCAGAGCUUGGCUGCAUCCAAUCUGUGCCUGGAGAGAAACAAAUCAGCAGCUCAUCCUCAACUGCUGCCCUGUGACGAGGAUCUCAUGUACCCAAAGCUUCAGCAGAAGUGGACUCUAAGUCACUUUCGUGAUCUUCAUUCCAGCUCUUAUUGCCUGGAACUACAAAAGCGUGAUCCUCGAGCUGAGGUUUUUCUCUGGCAGUGUCAUCAUCAUGCUGGCAAUCAGUUCUGGUCCUACGAUUCCAAUACCAAGCAACUGAUAAAUGGCCAGAGUAAAAGUCAACAGCGCUGUCUAGAGGCGGAAGUUGAAGAGCGUAGGGUUGUCGCCAACAUCUGUGAUUCCAAAAAUCAGCGACAACAAUGGAAGUUUGGUUACGUUGAUGAAACACGACUAGAAGACUUUUGGAAGAAUGUACCGGAUCAAAUGUGAAUGUUCUGUGACAGCCCUAAGUUCAUUUUUAAUAUGCGAAAGACUGUUGCCAGCAUUUUGGUAGAAUUAAAAAGACAAAAUCGAAUAAAUAAAAGUAAGCAAAAUCUAUUGAAA